AUGAUCAACAAUGAACAGAUGAACAAUGAUCUACCAGUCUCAUCAUCCGUUUGCACUGCUUCCCCUGUUUACGACCAGAUACAGAAAAUCAUGGACAACACGAGGAUCUUUCUGCUGCUGCUGGUGGUGGUACAUUCUCUCCUCUCAGCUGAAGGAGAAUUAACACCAGAGACUCAGAUCUGUGACAUCCACGCUGUGCUCAGAAAGAUAAGCGCUGAACUGGCUGAACAGAAAGUGAGGAUAGAGCAGCUGCAGGUCGAAAAUCAAGCCCAGGCAACCAGACUGAAAGAAGUGGACACCCUAGUGCAACAACAACAACGCAUGAAAGAUGAUUUAGAAGCUCAUGUGGCUGAGCUGAAUCUCCUGAAGACCAGCUCCACAGUCACUGAAAGCAAAGUGGAGGCUCUGACCCGAGACCGGACAGUCAGGCAAGUGGCCUUUUCUUCUGCAUUAGUAGAUAAGGGUGAUAUGACUCUUGGGCCUUACAAUGCAGAGACGACUAUUGUCUAUAAACACGUGGCCUUAAACAUCGGAAAUUCCUACAAUCCACAGACAGGUUUCUUCACUGCCCCGGUCAGAGGAGUGUACCAUUUUGUGAUUUUUGCCCUGUCCAGUGGAGACGUCGCAGCGGGGGCAUAUCUGAAGAAGAAUGGACACCUUGUGUUUAUGGCCCAUGAGAGUCAGCCGUCUGGGCACGGCACGGCGAGCACUGCUGCCACACUGCUCCUGGAACCUGGAGAUGUGGUGUAUGUCACUCUGUAUGCCAACCACAGACUAUAUGACAAUCUGAAUCACCACACUUCAUUCAGUGGACAUCUGCUGUUCCCAAUGGGAGACUCUAAUUAA